AUGGGAGAUAGCAGGAAUGACGUGAAUAGCAGCAACAGCAGCGUAUUCAGACGUGAUUUAUGCAUUACAACAUCAGAUUCCGACUGUUCGCCAGGUGAAAGAUUCGAUAAGCAUGAGUCAGGAGGCACUUCAUCUGGUGGAUGUGGUAGAAGCAGCUGUUUGAAACGACGUCAUUCACGUAAUCCACAACGUAAUCAGGUUACUUGGUCUUUCUCGAGAAUUCGUACAUCGAGAGGCUUACUUCUUUCAGGUGCAGAAGGAGCAGAUCGUAAGUCGUGUUUGCUUAGUAGCAGUAUUGGUUCAUCAUCGUCUUCCAACACGUCUCCUUCAGACUCGCCGUCACGUGGUUCGGGCGCUGAACGUGUCCAUGUUGAUCAAAGCACGCAACCGUUACAGCCUGCCCUGAAACAAACUACCAUAAAAAAGAAUUUAUGUCGAAGUCAGCGAUCGAUGUCUCUUGGAAGUGCUGCCCAUGAAUCACUUGUGGUAGCUGUAGCUUCAUCUUCACAGGGUCCUAAGCAUACCGUUGACAUGAGUCAUGCAGAAAAUGGCGACAAAGUGGUAUUGCUUGUUGAAAAUACAAGAUUUGUGGUUGAUCCGGCUGUGUUGGUUGCUAAACCGGAUACUAUGCUUGGACGAAUGUUUACUGUACGUGCACAACGUCAAGAUGGUGUUGAACUUGUGCGACCCAAUGAUCAAAACGAAUAUGAAGUAGCUGAUGGGCUUUCUGCUUCCUGCUUUCGUGCAAUUCUAGAAUACUACCACAUUGGAAAAAUGCGAUGUCCACCGUCAGUGUCAGUUUCGGAACUCCGUGAAGCUUGUGAUUAUUUACUGGUACCAUUCAAUGCUCGCACCGUGCAGUGCCAUAAUCUCCGUUCAUUUUUACAUGAAUUAAGCAAUGAAGGUGCAAGACAGCAAUUUACUGCCUUUCUCGAAGAAACUAUUCUGCCACAAAUGAUUGUUAGUACUGAGCAUGGAGAUCGUGAAUGCCACAUUGUUGUGCUAUUGGAUGACGAUGUGGUUGACUGGGAUGAACUUUAUCCUCCACAGAUGGGUGAAGAUACGACACAAGUUGUUUACAGCACUCAUCUUUAUCGUUUUUUCAAAUAUGCCGAAAACCGUGAUGUAGCAAAACAAGUUCUAAAGGAACGUGGCCUUAAAAAGAUUCGGCUUGGUAUGGAAGGAUACCCAACCCACAAAGAGAAGAUAAAAAGACGUUUUAAUAAAGCCGAAGUUAUUUAUAAUUACGUCCAACGGCCAUUUGUUCAUUGUUCAUGGGAAAAAGAAGAAGCACGUUCACGUCAUGUUGAUUUCGCAUGUCCUAUCGUGAAAAGCAAGUCCAAUCCAAGUUUGGCAAGUGCUGCAAGUGAUCCUAUUCCACAACCAGCACCUUUGCAACUGAGUGUAGCAACUAUUGCAUCUGGCACUGGAAAUGGGCCAUUUAAUUUGCCAAUUGUGCAGCAUCCAAUAUUUUGUGGUACUAGUGUUACACAUUUUGCACAUCGUUUAACUGGCCAGAAUUUACAUCCUCUUCACUCACCACCAGUGCAAAAUGUUAGGUCAACUUCAGCGACAAUGGGGACGGAAAGUUCUCAAACUUCUUCAUCAAGUGGUUCAAAUCAUACUAUGACAAGCUGA